CCUACCCGGGAGGCGGAGGAAGAGCCGGGAGGCGGGAGGCGCCGUGGCUGAGGUGUGCCGGCGCUGGUGGCCUGAACGAGGUAAACCAUGACUGUGGCUUCGGUGGCGUCACUCUUUGGGCCUCCCUUCCUGAGGUUUCCUUGAGCCAUCUCCCUGGUGGAAACGCUCCUGGUUUUUCUCCACAAGUACUUAUGAAAAACAUGGCUGACAUUAACCUCAAAGAAAUAACCUUAAUAGUUGGUGUGGUUACUGCCUGCUAUUGGAACAGCCUCUUUUGUGGUUUUGUUUUUGAUGAUGUUUCAGCAAUCCUGGAUAAUAAAGACCUACAUCCAUCUACACCCCUAAAAACGUUAUUUCAGAAUGAUUUCUGGGGAACCCCCAUGUCUGAGGAGAGAAGCCACAAGUCUUACCGUCCCUUAACAGUGUUGACAUUUCGCUUAAAUUAUCUGUUUAGUGAACUAAAACCAAUGUCAUAUCAUCUCCUAAAUAUGAUUUUUCAUGCUAUGGUCAGUGUGAUAUUUCUUAAAGUCUGUAAGCUUUUUCUGGACAACAGGAGUAGUGUGGUUGCUGCUCUACUUUUUACAGUGCACCCAAUACACACAGAAGCAGUAACAGGUGUUGUAGGAAGAGCAGAACUUUUGUCAUCUAUCUUUUUUCUAGCUGCAUUUUUGUCAUAUACCAAAUCAAAAGGACCGGAUAAUUCCAUAGUGUGGACUCCAAUUGCACUGACAGUGUUUUUAGUGGCUGUUGCAACACUGUGUAAAGAACAAGGAAUAACAGUGGUGGGAAUUUGCUGUGUGUAUGAGGUGUUCGUUGCCCAGGGGUAUACUUUGCCAUUAUUAUGUACUACUGCUGGACAGUUUAUCCGUGGAAAGGGUAGUAUUCCCUUUUCUAUGCUGCAGACACUAAUAAAACUCAUUGUCUUGAUGUUCAGUACACUGUUACUUGUUGUGAUUAGAGUCCAGGUUAUUCAGUCCCAGCUUCCAGUAUUCACAAGGUUUGAUAACCCAGCUGCUGUAAGCCCAACUCCUACAAGGCAGCUAACUUUUAACUACCUCCUUCCAGUGAAUGCUUGGCUUCUGUUAAAUCCUUCAGAGCUUUGCUGUGAUUGGACUAUGGGGACAAUACCACUUAUAGAGUCAUUUCUAGAUAUUCGAAAUCUUGCCACAUUUAUAUUCUUUUGUCUUCUGGGAACUCUGGGAGUAUUCAGUCUCCGAUACCCUGGUGAUUCUUCUAAGACUGUUUUAAUGGCACUUUCUUUAAUGGCAUUACCAUUUAUUCCUGCAUCGAACCUUUUUUUUCCAGUUGGAUUUGUUGUUGCUGAGCGAGUAUUAUAUGUCCCUAGCAUGGGAUUCUGUAUUUUGGUAGCACAUGGAUGGCAGAAAAUUUCAAACAAAAGUGUAUUUAAAAAACUGUCUUGGGUUUGUCUGUCUAUGGUGAUAUUCACUCAUGCCUUAAAAACCCUUCACAGAAAUUGGGAUUGGGAGUCUGAAUAUACAUUGUUUAUGUCAGCCUUGAAGGUAAAUAAAAAUAAUGCCAAAUUAUGGAAUAAUGUAGGACAUGCACUGGAAAAUGAAAAAAACUUUGAAAGAGCUUUGAAAUACUUCUUACAGGCCACCCAUGUUCAGCCAGAUGAUAUUGGUGCCCACAUGAAUGUAGGAAGAACUUAUAAAAAUUUAAAUAGAACCAAAGAAGCUGAAGAAUCUUACAUGAUGGCUAAAUCACUGAUGCCUCAAAUUAUUCCUGGUAAAAAAUAUGCAGCCAGAAUUGCCCCUAACCACCUAAAUGUGUAUAUCAAUCUGGCCAACCUGAUCCGAGCAAAUGAGUCCCGACUGGAAGAAGCAGAUCAGCUAUACCGACAGGCAAUAAGCAUGAGACCUGACUUCAAGCAGGCAUAUGUUAGCAGAGGAGAAUUGCUUUUAAAAAUGAAUAAACCACUGAAAGCAAAGGAAGCAUACCUUAAAGCACUAGAGCUGGACAGAAAUAAUGCAGAUCUUUGGUACAACUUGGCGAUCGUAUACAUUGAACUUAAAGAACCAAAUGAAGCUUUAAAAAACUUUAAUCAUGCUUUAGAACUAAAUCCAAAACAUAAGCUAGCAUUAUUCAAUUCUGCUAUAUUAAUGCAAGAAUCAGGUGAGGUUAAACUCAGACCUGAAGCUAGGAAACGACUGCUAAGCUAUAUAAAUGAAGAACCACAAGAUGCCAAUGGCUAUUUCAAUUUGGGAAUGCUUGCCAUGGAUGACAAAAAGGACAGUGAAGCAGAGAUUUGGAUGAAGAAAGCCAUAAAAUUACAAGCCGACUUCAGAAGUGCUUUGUUUAAUCUGGCUCUCCUGUAUUCUCAGACUGCAAAGGAAUUACAGGCUUUACCAAUUUUAGAAGAGUUACUGAGAUACUACCCUGAUCAUAUCAAGGGUCUUAUUUUAAAAGGAGACAUUCUGAUGAAUCAAAAGAAGGAUAUACUUGGAGCAAAAAAAUGUUUUGAAAAGAUUUUAGAGAUGGAUCCAGGUAAUGUGCAAGGAAAGCACAAUCUUUGUGUUGUUUAUUUUGAAGAGAAGGACUUACUAAAAGCUGAAAAAUGCCUGGUUGAAACAUUGGCAUUAGCACCACAUGAAGAAUAUAUUCAGCGCCAUUUGAGUAUAGUCAGGGAUAAAAUUUCCUCAUCUAGUUUUAUCGAACAACCAGUAUCCCCAGCUGGUAAGAUGUCAGGUGUAGAAGAAGGAAACAAAAUUCCACCUGAAAAUGUGAAAGAAAUCAGUAGUGAAUCCAGACCAACACAGAUAAAAAAAUCAAAUGAUAACAAAAGUCAAUCUAAAUCAGAUAAACAAUUAGGAAAAAAUGCAGACAAAGAGACUCCCCAGAAAACAACAAAAGAUAUCAAAGAAAUUGAGAAGAAAAGAGUUGCUGCUUUAAAAAGACUAGAAGAAAUUGAACGUAUUUUAAAUGGAGAAUAGUAUUCUUUAUCAUGUGAGAGUGGUAUCAAAGAACUUUAAAUCUUGGAAUUCCUUGUACUGGCAGCUUUCAAAAAUAUCGAGGAUAUAGAACAGUUUAUCAUUAGCCGCCUCAUUGUAGAUUCAAGGUAAAAUUUUCAUUAAAGGCCUGUCCUACCCCAGGAUAUACAUAUUAAGUAAGAUAUGGCAAAAAUUUACAGUUUUGGUGAAUAUAGCAGAAAUGCUAAGUUACAGGUGACAAAUUUUCAACUUCUAUUAUAGAAGGAAAUUUUUCCUGAUAGAAUAAUCUGUACUACCCUCAAAAAUAAUUUGAGGCUUGAAUGAUAAUCUUUGAGGGCAAAUCUAACAUGUGCUAUUUUAUUCUGUGAAUUCCAUGUUAUUACUCUACUUCAUUUUUCCUUUACCUCUUGAAAUUUCUGGCUUUGGAUUCAAAACACUUAUUGAACACAUUCUUUUUCUAAAAUAGUUCUUAUGUUAACCAAGGGACUUAGCACUACAGAAAAAUUGUAGCUUUCUUUUUGUUGUUUACUUUGGUUGACUUUUAGAAGGAAUGCUGGGUGAAACACAUGUUAAAAUUCAUGUGACAUGUUAGCUUAAGAAUGUAUUUUCAUAGUUUCAUGCUUAUUCUUUACUCUAAAAUGCAGUUUUUAGGUAACAUUUUACACACACAUGCAUACAUAUAUACACAUUUCUAAUGGUGCUCAUGUAUGAUUAUUUUUAACACACUGAGAGUAUCACAUGAACCACAUAAUCAUGACUAUAUUUUGACUUUUACUCCCCAAACUAUUCAUGUUAGGGUCAUAGUUAUAUUGAGAAGUCCCAAUAACUGUCUUAAGAACUUUUGAGUUAUAACAUAGUAAAUUUCUUUUUCAUGUUAGUGUUAGUUCUGUGAUCAUAUGUGAAUUUUAGUUUUAUGUUUCCAGAGUCACACCUUAAUCCCUCUUUCAUACCUUAAGCCACUAAAUUCAGUUCUGUUUAACAAAAGGCAAAAUAAUGUGAUAAAAUUUAUUUUUAAACACUAAAUUCGUGAAAUCUUGUUAUGGUAUAUAUUUUUAUUAAAUAUUUAUUUUGACUACUGAGCUUUCAUAAAUUUUAAGCUGUUUUAAUUCCAUCAAUUGUGGAAAAUAAAUUGCUAUUGCAUUCCCCUAUGUAUGCAUCAUUUUUCACUGACUAUCUAGUUAUAAAAAUAAUUAGCCUAGUAUAGGGUCAAUAAACUUGUCAGUUGAUUUUGGCAGAUUUAAACUGGAUUGAUAUAGUAAGUUGAAAAGUAGAAUCAACUCAAAGUUAUAAUUUAAAUGUUUUUUUGGAGUUAGAAUGCAUUUUAAAUGCAUUUUAUAGUACUUACUAAAGUUGGUUUUAAUUUAAACUGUUAAAACUAGCUAUCAUUGUGGGAUAAUACCUGAUUUCUAAUUAUGUAGUAAUUCAGAAACUAUUUUUUGGUUCCUUUGAGAUAACUACUUUCUAAUUAUGUAUGUUUCAAAAAUCAUAUCCCAGUAAUCCUUUUAAGAAAUGUUUUAUAAAUAGGUCACAAAUGUUUCACAUGGUCUGUAUUAAAGACCUACUGUUACUAGAUUCCUUGAGGAUCUGUCAUAGAUUUUUAGGCAAUUAAAAGCAAGCACUGAUAAUAGUGGGAGAUAAUUCUUAGCCCAGGAGAUUGUGUUAAGCAUCAAAGCAAUACUUAAUUUCAGUUCUUAGAUUAUGGCUUUAUGACUCUAGAUAUAAGGUGGAGAAUACCUCAUAUAAUAUGACUUGAAAAAAUGAAGCUAUGUGUUUCUUAUGUUCUUUCCAUGUUUUGAGAAGUUGCUUCUGAGAGUGAUUUCUCUGCUAUACUAUAAAGAGAGGAUAGUUUAGAAAAGUACAAGGAAAUCUUUAAUGAUAGCAGACAAAAUAAAAGUUUGAGUAGUAUUUUAAUAAAGUUAUAUAACUAUUCAAUGAUAAAAGGUAUAUAUUAAUGUGUAUCCAGUGAUUUUUCUAGAAAAAAUUAUCUUAGCACAUGGAACAGUGCCUAUCAUAUAGGAAAUGCUCCUGUAUCUUCAAUGACUUAAUUAAAUCAAAUUCACCCUGAUAUAAUUAAUAGUUUAAUAGUGAUAAUGGAUUCUUAAUCCAUUUCGUACUAGAAUCCUGGUGGGGGUGCCUUUUAGUAUGGACAUUAUCCUAUAACAAAUCUCAAUUUCUGGAGCCAUGCUUCAGUUUUCUAAAAGGUGUCUGAGUGGUUCUAAUUUGAAGUCAUGUUAGAGCACUGUGAUAAAUUAAUUCUGGAAAAUCCUUUUGUCUGUCUUGUGCUAUUUUUUAAAUUUAAAGUAGAAUCCAGUUAAGUUUUGAUGUUUAAAUUCCAUUAAGAAAUAAUUUUCUUCUGGAAAUCAGUAUGUAUUCCUUGAAAUUUGAGAUCUUACAUUCCAUGAAGCUUGCUUAUAUGUAAGAUUAUUAUUUCUCUAUAAAUUCAAAAUAGAAAAUUUAUUUAAAUUGUUAAGUAAAAAUAAUGGAUUAUUUUUCUCUCUCUCUGGAGCUGCCUUUUUGAGGAAAUGGUGUAGAAGGCUUAUUUCAUCCUAGAUUACUAACCAACGGUUAAGUUGUGAGCAUCUGUAAGCUUGGAAAAGAAAACCUAUCACCGGUUUGUAUGUUAUUGAUGAAUGGGCACAGUUUUACAAUACAAUCUGUUCCCUAAGAGUUCAAGAAAAGCUUUGACAAUCUCCAAGGGGCAAUGGUAUGUUACUCCUUCACUGCUUCUCAGAAGGUGCAAUUUAAGUUUCUAGAGUUGUUCCUGUGUGGAUUUAUUAUUAUUAUUAACAUUCAGAAUUGGGAAUUUUGUCUGAUAAUUUUGUCUGAUAAUUUUGUCUGAUAAUUUUGUCUGAUAAUUAUUCCAGUGAGUAGUUUUCUGGGGUUGAUGACUAGGAGAAUAAGACAAAUAUGUAUUUUGUUUGGCAAUUUUCUGUUUACUUUUAUGUAAAUAUUUUGUAUGUGAAUUGCACAAUUCUAAUAAACCUCAUCCCUUUUAUUACAUCUGAUUUGAACUCAA